AAUACGCAGCGACAAAGACUGCGAGCCUGAAACCUAUGGGGAAGGAGUGAAAAAAAAAGACAUUCGGUAUCGUCGCAUUCUGUAUCUGAAGACCAUCAUUUUCUGAGGGGCUCACCGCUUCAGGGGCGAGGUACAGACGCCGAAAUUUGACGACGGUGAGGCCGGAGCUAGCACCAGCGUAAAGUGUGUAAAUUAGCCGCAUAAAGACUGCGGCGACGGACAGGUUUUCCGUUAGAAGAUCUUUAGGCUCUGGUAUAGUGAGGGAGCCGCCAUGGCAGUCGGAUCACUGAGGCUCCACAUCGGGAUAUGAAGAGGAGCUGCAUGUGUCCCUGAAUUGACAAGCAAACGGCUCGUUUUGCUUCUGGACCGACAACCGAGCUGACCGUUGUUCAUUUUUGUGGAAAUCACCCUGAAAAGGACUUUUUAUCAAACACGGGGCCACGGGGAGAGGCCAGAUUCAUGACUAUUUCAGUCGGAGACGUGUCUUUUGAGGCCCGUUGAAAGAACCUGGACUAUAAAGGAGGGAAAUGAUGCUUUGAUUGACCGUCGGUGGGAAAGAUUAGACAGUUUUAUUUUGUGAUUAUAAAACUGUUCUAACGGGCUCUCUUUCUGCCUGUGCCCCUAUUCCGAGACACACAGAUAUUAAUUUACUGUCAGCCUUUUUUCUUUUUUUCCCUUUUUUUUUUUUCUUUGGAUGAGAAGGUUCGGCGACUCGAUCAGCCCUGCCGUUUAGCAAGUCGAAAGAAUUAAAGGGAUUGGAUCAUGUCGGGUCGGCCCAGGACCACAUCCUUCGCCGAGAGCUGCAAGCCAGUGCCGCAGCCCUCUGCUUUCGGCAGCAUGAAAGUCAGCCGAGACAAAGACGGCAGCAAGGUAACGACAGUAGUGGCCACUCCUGGCCAAGGCCCCGACAGGCCACAGGAGGUCAGCUACACAGACACGAAGGUCAUUGGCAACGGAUCCUUCGGCGUCGUGUACCAAGCAAAACUCUGCGACUCUGGGGAACUAGUGGCGAUAAAGAAGGUCCUACAAGAUAAGAGGUUUAAGAAUCGUGAGCUGCAGAUCAUGAGGAAGCUGGACCACUGCAACAUUGUCCGCCUGCGCUACUUCUUCUACUCCAGUGGAGACAAGAAAGACGAGGUGUAUUUGAAUCUGGUUUUGGACUACGUUCCCGAGACCGUCUACAGAGUGGCCAGACACUACAGCCGAGCCAAACAGACGCUGCCCAUGGUUUAUGUUAAGUUGUACAUGUACCAGCUGUUCAGGAGCCUGGCUUACAUCCAUUCGUUUGGGAUCUGCCAUCGGGACAUUAAGCCCCAGAAUCUGCUGCUCGACCCAGAGACGGCUGUCCUCAAGCUCUGCGACUUUGGCAGCGCGAAGCAGCUGGUCCGUGGAGAGCCCAACGUGUCCUACAUCUGCUCUCGCUACUACCGGGCCCCCGAGCUCAUCUUUGGUGCCACUGACUACACCUCCAGCAUAGAUGUGUGGUCAGCUGGCUGCGUCCUGGCAGAGCUGCUGUUAGGACAGCCAAUCUUCCCUGGGGACAGUGGGGUGGAUCAGCUUGUGGAAAUUAUUAAGGUUCUCGGUACUCCAACUCGAGAACAGAUCCGCGAGAUGAACCCCAACUACACUGAGUUCAAAUUCCCCCAGAUCAAGGCCCACCCUUGGACUAAGGUGAGUCAGCAGGUCUUCCGGCCUCGCACCCCUCCGGAGGCCAUCGCCCUCUGCUCUCGCCUGCUGGAGUACACGCCCACGGCGCGCCUCACCCCUCUGGAGGCCUGCGCUCACUCCUUCUUUGAUGAGCUGCGUGACCCCAACAUCAAGCUGCCCAACGGCAGAGAGAAGCCCUCGCUCUUCAACUUCACCACCCAGGAGCUGUCUAGUAAUCCCUCUCUGGCCUCCAUACUCAUCCCUGCCCACGCCCGCAACCAGGCUGUCGCCUCGACACCAACCAACGCGUCUGCCACCACAGAUGGCAGCAGCACGGAGCGAGGUCCCAACACCACCACCGCCUCCGCCUCAGCCUCCAACUCCACCUCUUGAGCCUGCAGACCCCACUCGCCCCCCACGCCCUGGUCUCAGCCCCCGGCCCACAACCCCCUCUCCAUUGCGCCCCCCCUGGCCAGGGGUGAGCUGCGAUCAGCUCUGCUCCUGGCGGCGGCGCGGCGAUGCUGCAGCGGCCCGGGGCUCAGCGGCGACACGACCACACGAACCCAGCCACCCUGACCUCCACCUCUGACCCCCAGCUGUCUGAACUGUCCUCCACCCCUCCUGUGCUCCCUUCGACAGGGAAUCAUAGGGGCAGAAGCGUUGCCGACUACAAGUAUACUAAACAUGUAUACUCGAUGGUAACCUCCUAACAUUUGUAAGAGGACAAUCUGUAAAAAAAAAAAAAAAAA